AUGCCGCGAACGCGCCCAGUGCUGCUGGUCGCCGCAAUCUUGAUGGCGACCGCGGUGCUGGCCGCCCAACAAACUAUGACAGCGGCGACGGCGCCGGCUGCGACGGCACCAGGCAUUCCCGACGACCUGUCACCAGGGGACAUGGAUGGCAACCUGCUCACAGCGACGCCAACAGUGACGCCGAUACCAAAGAUAAGCGCUACCUCGAGUGCGGCCGCCAACUCGAGCAGCGUACAGCUGUCCGAGUCUGCUCUCGCCGGAAUCAUCGUUGGAUGUGUCCUGGGAGGUCUCUUGCUAGGUUUGGUGAGCAGCGCUAUCAUCUUCGUUUGCCUCACCCGCCGGCACGAAUACUACGAGGAGUAUGAGGACGACACGGCCGCCACGAGUCCCGAGAAGCUGCACGCGACCCACUCUCGCCAGGCGCAACCCCCAUCUCCUUCUCCGCGCUCACCUCGUGCGCCUGUUGUGCCGCCCCGCCCCAAUGCUGGCCUCGGCAUGACGGCCUUGCAGCCGACAGAGUCGGGUACCAGCGACCCCGUCGCACCCUCUCUGCCUUCGAUCCACUGCACAUCCCUCGGCACGCCAGCCGACUGGGAAGCCGAACGCGCGCGGAUCAACCCCAACGUGCUGCACGUACCGACAGGGACGGCGCUCGGAUACAGCGACAGCCGCCCGAUCACGCCGACGCGGUUCUGGCGCGGGCUCCGAGACAGGCGCGUGUCGCAGAUGACUAUCCGGAGCGCGAAGACCAAGGCAAAGCGCGCGUCCAUCGUGACUGUCAAGUCGAUGAAGAGCGGCAAGUCCCGCAGAGCCUCCAUCCUUACCGCGCGGAGCAAACUGAGCGGUCGCAGCAAGCACAGCAACAAGGCUGGAGGAGGCGUUGAGGCGCCCCCCGUUCCGCCUCUGCCGUUCACGAGGCGCGUGCCCGUACCCCCGCUGUCGCCGGGACUUUCCAACAUGCCUCCCCACAGACCGAAGAGGAGAGUUCACAUGCGGCUGAUUACGCCAGACCCUCCAGCACAGUUCGACGAUUAG